AUGGUAAUUUAUCCCGAUUACCAGUUUAUCCGCGGAUGUGGAUACGUGCCAAACGGCCUCUCGGUUCCUCAGCCCAUCAGCCGCCACACGAAUAGUCCACAGACCACAGCGGCACAAUCCCUGUCCCCCGCCUCCCGCCGCAUCCCGCACCCGCACCGUGUGCCACCGCCGCCUCCCGCACUGCACACCGCGCGUCCCCGCCGCCUCUCGCUCCCGCACCGCACACCGCGCUCGCCCGACGCCCACGCGCUCCCGCCACCUUUCGCUCUCGCACCGUGCUCCCCCGCCGCCUCCCGCACCACGCACCGCGCUCCCCCGCCGCCCGCGCGCCUCCAGGAGACCAAGACCGCCGCCAGCGCCUCCAGGACCGCCGCCAACGCCUCCAGCUCAGAUCCGCCGUCUCCCGCACCGCACACCUCGCUCCCCCGUCGCCUCCAGCUCAGAUCCGCCGCCCGGCGCCGCCGCCAACGCCUCCAGGACCGCAGCCAAUGCCUACAGCUCAGAUCCGCCGCCAACGCCUCUAGCUCAGAUCCGCCGCCCUGCCUCCAGGUCUACAUGCCUUUGUCUUCUUCAUGUGAUAGUGAUAACAUACUCCUUUAA